UUCAUCACAUGCAGGCCUACCGUACCUAAACAAGGAGGAAGUGCCCGUGUUCAAUUUUAGAGUUAAGACAAUUGUGAUUUUUGGAUGUCAUUUUUAGAUAAAAUGUCGCCCCGUCAUAUGGUACUGGUGUGUUUCAUCCUGGUGGCAAGCCUCGCUAGCCUCCAGGCCUCUCCAGUGAAACCAGUCUUCAAGGAUCACUACCAUGCCUCCGGGCAAAUCAGACUGCCUUAUGCUGAAAUCAUCGAACCCUUUGAGAUCUUCUUCCAGGGCCCGAAAAACAGGAGUAGAAUGGAUACCUACAGUGGCAUGGACAAGGUGUACUUCCGAGGUGAUGAGAAGGAUUAUGGUAAUCUCUACAAGAUCUCUCCCGCUACCUUGAAAGGUAUCGCCUCUCUUGAGAGCUGUUUCCUCAUCCCCGGUGAGAAGGGGGCCCCGGUCAUGCCUCAGAGUAUGCUGCCUGAUCUCACUGGCUUCACGUUCUUAUCUGGUGGACUGCGAAACGGGCAGAGCGUAAACUUGUGGCAGAACAAAACCACCAUGACGUUUUUUAACCAGUCACGCACCAGCACGUACACCUUCGCCGUCACCACCACCACCCCUCCAAGACCUGUACAGUAUCGGAUGAUGGGAUUUGAUAGUCUGCUUGGUUCGCACUUUGACGAGUAUAUCAUCGAUUACGACUUCUAUGAUGAAGCAACUGCAAUCUCUGAUGAUAUCUUCAGCAUCCCCAAAAAUUUGACAUGUGCUGGAUUCCCAGGGCCUGGUGUGGAGCAGAAGAUCAAGGGCAACCCCAUGAGAGAGAUGGUGAACCCAGAGAUGGGUGACCGCCUCCAUCAGCUCUUUGAUGAGUACAAGCAGAAGUAUGACAAGAGCUACAAGACGGACUUGGAGCAUGUGCAACGCAAGGGCCAUUUCACCAAGAAUGUGAGGAUGAUCCAUUCCAUCAACCGAGCCAACCUGGGUUACGUACUGGACAUCAAUCACAUGGCUGACCAAUCACAUCAGGAGCUGAAGAGGAUGAGAGGUCGUCUUCGACAAACCAGACCCAACAACGGACUCCCCUAUGAUGGUUCUGACGUCAGCGAUGAUGCCGUACCAGACCAUAUCGACUGGAAUGUGCUGGGUGCUGUGAGUCCAGUCAAGGACCAGGCUGUAUGUGGAUCCUGUUGGAGUUUUGGAUCGGCAGAAACCAUUGAAGGAGCUGUCUUCAUGCAGAGUGGCAAGCGAGUGCGGCUCUCGCAGCAGAUGCUAAUGGACUGCACAUGGGCAGCAGGGAACAACGGGUGUGAUGGGGGCGAGGAAUGGAGAGUCUACGAGUGGCUCAUGAAGAAUGGAGGCAUCCCACUGGAAGAGACCUACGGACCUUACCUUGGACAGAAUGGGAUGUGCCAUUACGACAAGUCCAAGGCUGUAGCGAGUAUCAAGAAAUACUACAACGUGACCUCCGGUAACCAGAAGGACCUCAAGAAAGCUCUGGCGACCAAAGGACCUAUCGCUGUCGGCAUCGAUGCUGCUGUGCCCUCUUUCAGCUUCUACUCGUACGGGACAUAUUAUGAUGCUAGCUGUGGAAAUACAGUAGAUGAUCUUGACCACGCCGUGCUGGCCGUUGGCUACGGGACCGACAGCAGCGGUCAAGACUACUGGUUGAUCAAGAACUCCUGGUCCACCCAUUGGGGCAACAAUGGUUACGUGGCCAUCAGCAUGAAGGAUAACAAUUGUGGUGUGGCGACAGCUGCUACCUAUGUAGAACUAGAGAAAAACUAGAAGGAUGGUAACCACUAUGUCACAAUAACAUGAAUUCUUGUGUAGAAAUAAGAUAAAUGAUUAACUAAGAAAUAUUUCUUUCCUCACAAGAACGAAGGCCCAAAAUUUGAUGUUGCUAUGGCUGCUAGUUAUGUAGAACUUAAGUAAAACAAGUAUGUCACACUAACAAUAUAUCUGUAAUAGGGAUGAGGGAAAUGAUACGUUAUGAAGUAAUAUUGUUUUCUUAAGCAGUAUGAAGGACCCAAACUUCGUUGUACUCUUGUAGACUUUAGUAUUAAGAUGGUAAGGAUUUUGUGACAAUAAUACCAAUAGGGUAGUCGUAUACAAUAAAGGGUAGUAAGUUCACCACUGAAUAGUUCAUGUAUACCAACAUUUAUGAAGAAAUUCUAAUUCAUCUCAUUUACAACUUCCUAAAUAUUUAGAACUGAAGUAAAUGAAUGGUAAAUAUAAUGUUUCCUGAUUUAGGAUGGAUGUGAAACUUUUGUAAAAAUUUAGAUGAAGGGAUGGUAUGAGUACCUUUCAUGUGAUAUGAUCACACAUUUAUAAUUUUGCAGCAGUCUAAAAACUUCUAAAGUAAAUGUUUGAAUAAUUUGUUGUCUUUCGUCAAGUGUUUGUAAAUGUUAUGUGAUUAGAGGGAAGUAGAAAUCUAUUUCUUACUCUGUAUUUGGUCAAGGCGUUGACUACUGAAUGUUCUCCUUCCCAUAGGCUUAACACAGGGACCAUCCGGUUCCCAUAGACAAAGGGUUAAGGUGUUUGUAUCUUGAUGUUAUACCAAUAUGUAUGAGUACUUGUGAUGCUUCAUUAUUGCCUUUAAUGAAUAAAAAAAAUCAUAGAAAUUUAUUUACUAAAUAUGGUGCAAUUAGAAACAAAAGAAAGUAGAAAGUAUCUAUGUCAAUUUUCCAAAGAGUUAUACCAGAGAAGGUCAAAAGAAAGAGGCUGUUGUUUAAAACUUGAACGGAUUUGAUUAUCUUUUUAUGGAACAAAAAGAUGAUUGCCUUUCUAUGCUUUAGUUUGAUCUGAAAUAAAGACUUGUUCUAUUUUGGGCAUGGUAAUGGUGCACUAUUGUGAAUGUAUAGUAUUUUUGUUCAAUAAGUAGAGUUAUCAUUGUUAUAGUUAGUGGUUCUAAGGACAAUCUAUGUUUGUUUGAAGGUGCACUUUAAAAAAGCAAAUAUGGGACAAUUAUGUGAUAGUUGUGUGAUUUGUGUCCACAUCUAUAAAACAUAUUGAAACUUGUGUUUAUGUUUGUAUCGACUUCUCUAUACAUAAUGAUUGGGAUUUAAUGAAUACCUACACAUUUCUUUUGACAAUCGUACAAGUAUAAUAUAUCUUGAAACGUUGACAUUUCCAGCUAUGAUUGGUAAUUUUUCUAACAUAUAUGUGAAAUAUUUCUUAUUUGCACAUCAAUCAAAGAAAUUUGAUAACUAGAUUUAGAAUUAAAAAUUACCCAUUACAAUAAUUAUGAUUUAAAUGAUUUCAUGUCCUAUGCAAUAAGUGAAUCUACCUUGAAGUGAUUUAAAAAUACACUCUCAGUACUUAAUCUUUUAAUUCAAAGAAUAAACUACAGUGGACUGAGUUCCAGCUACAAAUCAUUCAAUACAUACUGAGUUUCAAACUUUAUUUUGCCUGAAAAUCAGAUGAGUGGGCAGAAAAUGUAAUAUAUGUUCAUUCUUCAUUAGUCUUAAUUGGCUUGGGGGGGGGGGGGUGUAAUGCUCCUCUAUAGAUCAUGCAUACUUUGUGUUGAUAUUAGUCCAUUGUAGAAAUAAUGUUUGUAUUUCUCUAUAUUGCAGUAUAUUAAUAUUAAUGAUAACAUUUAUUUUUUGUAAAAAUUUCAUGAAUAAAAAUUGAGCAAUAAAAUGAGAGCAUAAAAUGCAUGGAGAGUUGAAUUUAUUA